CCAACUAUCAUACUAAUUUGGUGUAUUUAAUGGAGGACGACAGGUUUCAAUGGACGAAGGAGUAAUGAUAUUGGUCGGAUCCUGGGAAUGCAAAGAAAGUGGUGAGUGGCGAUUCAAGAUGUCAGCAAAGAAAUAUGCAAAGUGUGUAGAUGUAGGAGAAGGAGACACAAUUAGUGAUGUUGAACAGAAAAUUGCUACAGCAUUUGGAGUAGACAGGAAAAGGACAAAAUUGGAGCUGAGUUUUUGGUUCGAAGGAGGAGACACUGUCUUCACGCAACAAAAGAUGCCGCCUGUCUCUGUUGAUAGCGAGAGUUCAUUGUCGAAGUUCAAAAAGAUAAGGGUAGAUAAAGGAGGUAUGAACAUGUAUCUAACUUUAGUAGAAGACGAUGGAGAGUGUGCAAACACCGGGGGACAACACGCAAUCAGCGGACCAGAUUCGAAUGCUGACGGGGACAACACAGAGGUGGGGGCGGGUGACAUGGAAAGAGAGUGCAUAGGUGCAGGUGAAAGCACACAGUUUAUCCCAGUUACUUUUGAGGAAGAGGAAUUUUUGGCUGACAUAUAUGAGUUUGAAGAGUCUUUUAAGAGGAAGAAAGCUUCGCUUGACAAGGAAAAUGCAAAGAAGCGCCGAGAAGAGGAACUAGUUGGAGAAUUGGAUACGGGUAGCGAUGGCGGGAGAUGGGAAUCCGACUCAGAAGAUUCCGGAGACUAUGACUUUGACGCCAUGAGUAAGUUGAUAGAAACAGAGUACCCGCCGGAUUGGGAUCCUUGGAAGACUUCGAAGGAGAAAACUAUAACGACUGAAAACGCAAGAGUGUGGGGACAGGUGGAUGACAAUGCGGUGGAGGACCAGGGCGAAUAUUUAAUGAGUGGAGAAUCGGGGCCCCAGCUAGUUGAAGUUGAGGUUGCUGAGAUGGGCGGAAGAGAAAGGGGAACACCAGGUUGUAGUGCUGGGGCGGGAAGUGUAGAAAUGUCAAUCCAAAUGGGGCAAAUAAGAAUGAGGCAAAUAGGGGCAAAUACGCAGGGGACAGAAACGUCGGAUAGUUUAAUUCCUUCUUGGGAAAGUAGUUGUGGGAGAAGGAAUACAGGCAGUGGACGAACUCAGACUGAGUUAGGGCUAGUGGACGUUUCGGUUACAGCGUUGCCAAGAAGAGAAGAUGCUUCAGCUUUUGAUGACGUAGAAGGACAAGGAAAUACAGAGGAGGGCUUGGGUGGUAGGGCUGGAGAGGAUAGUCCAGAGAUGUCACCCGAAAUGGGCCAGAGAAUAAGGAGAGAUAGAGAGACAAGUUCGCAAAGGACAGAAACGUUUAAUACUGACUAUGGCAGGACCACAUGGGACACGACUGGACGAAAUCAGAUGCUUCUGGAAGGAAGACCAGAUGCUUCAGCUUUUGUUGAGGGAGAACGAGAAGGAAAUUUAGAGGAGGAGGUCAUGGGUUGUAGUGGUGAAGAGGAAAGUGCAGAAAUGUCAUUCCAAAUGGGGCAAACAAGUUCGCAACUUACAUUGGGGGAAAACAUGUUUACUGAACUAGUGGGGGACGAUCUUGAGAUGAUUAGAGAUGCCGCACCAUUCAAGGACAACGCAAAAGGAGUUGCUCAAGACACAGCAAACAUGAAUCUUAGGAAGGCGGGCGAUUCAAUAUAUAUUGGAAGGAUAUUCAAGAACAAAGCCGAGUUGCAUAGGGCGUUGUGUGUGUACUCUAUUAAAAGGCUAUUCAAUUUCCGAAUAAAAGCUUCAGACAAAAUGCGGGUAAUUGCGAUAUGCCAUGAUUCCAAAUGUCACUGGAGGAUAUAUGCAACGUUUCACGAGAACUCAGAGAAUGUGGAAAUUCGAACAGCAACUCUGAAACAUAGUUGUGAUGUGAAAUCGCGGUCUAAGUACGGGAUGAAAGCAACACAAUCGAUUCUAGGUGAUUUGCUAAAAGCAAAAUAUGCGCAUGGGAAGAAGGGACCGAGGGCUUGUGAACUACCAGAGAUAGUAUUGGCCGAGCUAAACGUAACGAUAUCAUACAUGAAAGCUUGGCACGCGAAAGAGAUGGCAAUGAAAAGAGCUCGUGGUAGUGAGGAAGACAGCUAUAAGAACGUUGUCCACCAUUUCAAGUGUGAGGGGCUUGCAAAAAUGGUCUCCAAUGCGGCUAGAUCUUACACUGUGGGAGAUUUACGAUAUUGGUUUGAAGAAAUACAGAGACGAAACAUUGAGUGUGCCAAUUAUUUGGUAGAGAUAGGGAUUUCUCAUUGGACACUUGCUUACUUCCCGGGCAUGCGAUACAAUGUGAUGAGCAGCAACAUCUCGGAGUCCCUAAAUGCUGCAAUGCAAAAAGCCAUAGAUUUCCCCAUAGUGACGAUGGUGGAAUUCAUAAGGACAAUGUUAAUGCGUUGGUUUUGCGAAAGAAGAGAAGUUGCAACAAGAACUCGGACAAGAUGUACGCCAGAAAUCGAGGAAAUGCUAAUAGAUCAUCUUAAAGAAGCUACUGAUUGUGCUGUCAUAGCAGCAAGUGAAUGGAUUUAUCAAGUGAACGACGGUUUUGGGAUCGUUUUCACGGUGGAUCUACAGAAGAAGACAUGUACUUGCAGGGUAUUUGAUGUGCUAAUGGUGCCGUGUUGCCACGCUUUGGCUGCGGUGGGGAUAAGGAACGUGGACAUAUACUCGCUGGUCGGGAACUAUGCAUUCGUGACGGAGUGGCGUAAGCUAUGGCGUGAGCAUAUUCUACCUCCGCCAAAGGAAAAGGACACCGAGGUCCCGAACACUAUUAGUGAGGUGGUUGUGAUUCCACCAAAAACAAGAAGACCAGGCGGAAGACCUAGGACAGUACGUAUACCAUCGCAGGGAGAGCAACAAGGUGCAAGUUGGAAAAAGAAGAAACCAAACAAAUGCACUACGUGUGGACAGGAUGGCCACAAUAGAGCAACUUGCAAAAAUCCUCUCUAAGGUUGCGGGUUAGAAGCCAUUCCCGGAUUUUUUUUGGUUUUGUACUAUGGAUUGUUAACGGAAAUUAGUUGUUGGUCCAUAUGGUGAUAAAUGGCAUAUUUUGGUACAUCAGCAGCUUUUGGAGAUUUAAAAAGCUCUGGCGGCCAUGCUUUGUUUGCCUAAUAAUAUGGAGACGAUAUC